AUGGCGAAUUUUCCUUUAAUUAAUUUGAUAUUAUAUAAUUUUCUGGAAAACCAUAUAAAAUGGUUAUUUGUCUUACACUGCUGGGAUAUGAAAACCCAAUUAUAUUUUUCCGAUAAGGCCAUGAAUGAAAAUUUAUUUAUACAAAUGUGGCCCAUAGAUCGUUUAAAAUUGGAAGGUGAUUUAGAGGAACGUAUUUUAUCGCAUAACAAACCCCAUGUGGCCAUUUAUUUUGAUAUGAAUUGUACAAAAUCGGAGGAUAUAUUGAAAAAGGCCAGUGAGGAAAAAUUAUUUAGCCAACAUUUCCAUUGGCUUAUAUAUGAUUCUUCAGCGGAUUUAGACAAGUUUAAGAAACUAUUUCAAAAUUUCAAUAUGGCUGUAGAUGCCGAUGUUACCUUGGUCCACCCUAAUGUGGAAUUUAUAAAUUCUGCUAAAAAUUCUUCUUAUAUUUUAACUGAUGUUUAUAAUAAUGGUUAUUUUUUAGGCGGCAAAUUGAAUAUGACCUUAGAUCGGGAGUUAAUAUGCUCAAGAGAGAAUUGUGUGGUAAAACGAUAUUUGUCCUCUUUACAUGAAAGAUCCAAGUAUGAACAUCGUUGGCAUUUGAGAGAUUUAACCAUGAGAGUAACUACAGUGGUCACCUCCUUACCCUUAACUACUCCGGAAAAUAUACUUUUGGCGCAUUUAGGUUCCACUAAAGAUAAACAUAUUGAUGGAGUAGCUAAAUUUGGUUUUCAGUACUUGAUGAUCUUUAAAGAUACGCUACAAUGCAACUUUCGCUACAAUUUCACUAAUGCCUGGAGUCGUACCGAGUUCACAGGUGGUUGUGUUGGAGCCCUGGGAGUAGAUGGUUCUGCCGAUAUAUCCUCUUCCCCUUUUCUUCUCACUAAAAAUCGUAUAAAACACGUGCAAGCCGUCAUGGAAGUGGGUAAUUUUCGACAAGUUUGUAUAUUUCGUACCCCACAUAAUGCUGGUAUACAGGGAGCUGUAUUUCUUGAACCAUUUUCUGUUCGAGUGUGGAUCAUCUUUGGCGCUAUUCUCAUUUUAACUGCUUUUCUAUUGUGGCUGACAUUUUUUGUGGAAUUUCAUAAAAUGAAGACAAUGUUGGGUUUUAUACCCUCAUUUCUUACCACCUGUUUGAUUUCAUUCGGAUCGGCCUGUUAUCAGGGUAGUUUUCUAAUACCCAGUUCCAUGGGUGGACGUAUAGCUUUCAUAACGUUGUCAUUAUUGACUUUUAUUAUAUAUAAUUAUUAUACCUCGAUAGUGGUGGCUAUACUCUUGGGUUCCCCGGUAAAAUCGAAUAUUAAGACGUUGGGCCAACUGGCCGAUAGUAAUUUGGAGGUGGGCCUGGAACCUACACCGUUUACAAAGUCGUAUUUAAAUUUUUCAACUUUACCCGCGGUCAAAAGAUUUGUGCGCAAUAAAAUUGAUUCUAAGCGUAAUCCCGAUAAACUUUGGAUAAGUGUCGAAGAGGGUCUUCAACGUGUGCGUAAAAAUCCUGGUUAUGUUUUUGUUAUAGAGGCCUUUUCCGGUUAUGGUUUGAUACAAAAUUCCUAUACCACUGAAGAAAUUUGUGAUCUCAAUGAAAUACUUCUAAGACCCGAUCAGCCUCUAUACCACCAUCUGCCCAUGAAUUCUUCUUACAGGGAAAUUGUUAAAUUAAAACAAAUGCGCAUUUUGGAGACCGGUAUUUAUCGGCGCACUUACCGCCAAUGGGUGAAGAGGAAAUUGAAUUGUUAUCAAUCGAAUAGUUUUUUGGUUCAAGUGGGUUUGGAAUAUACCGCCCCUUUGUUUAUGAUCCUAGCUUCGGCCUAUAUAUUGGUACUAUUUCUACUGAUGCUGGAAAUUUUGGUCCAAACUCUUUCUCAAUUCUCCUCAUUGACCUCUCAGCUGUCGAUCUAUACUCAAUAUGUUAAUCUGAAUGAUUCGGAUGCUUUGCAGGAUUUUGCUCCUCGUUAUAUGCGUCAUGAUCAGCCUCAAAUUGGCAUUUAUAUGGAUAUGAAUUGUCAGCAAACGGAGCAAUUUAUAGAAGAGACCAGUCACUUACGUCUUUUCAACUAUCGCUAUCGUUGGCUUGUCUACGAUGAAUUAUCGAAUUUCUCUCGUUUUUAUGGUAUAUUCAAGAAAGUCAAUCUCUCGGUGGAUACCCAGUUGGCCUAUGUGGUACCUAAGGAACAUCAAAAACCCGUAAAUCUCAGCAAAACCUCUUAUAUCAAUUUUGAUGCCUAUAAUAAUGGUUUGUUUUUGGGAGGCUCUCUCAAUAUAACCUCCAACUAUGAAAUCGCCUGCAAUAGUAGCGAUUGUCGGAAAAUUAAAUAUUUAUCGGAUUUAUAUAGACGGCCUCAGUAUGGUAAUCGUCAGACUUUGAGCGAUAUCACUAUGAGAGUAGCAGUGGUGGUCACCCGUUAUGAUUUGCAAGCUCCGGAACAGGAUAUACAAAAUUUUCUCUUAAAGCAACAGGAUUUUCAUAUCGAUCCCUUGUCCCGUUUAGGGCAUACAGAUAUUGUUACUUUUAAAAGAUUCCUUAAACACCAAGUAGUUGGAAAUCAGAACUUCUCCUAUAUCUACUCCGAUCGCUGGACCGAUGUGGACUAUACGGGAGGUAUAGUGGGAGCUUUGGUUACCGAAACAGGCGGACUUAACCUCGCCCCUUUCUUUAUGACUGCUGGUCGUUUUCAGUUUCUAACACCCAUUGCUCCCACCGGUGACUUUCGUUCGGUUUGCAUGUUUCGCACUCCCCUCAAUUCGGGUAUACAGGGGCGGGUCUUUAUAGAGCCCUUUAGUACCAAAGUUUGGAUUAUGUUUGGUGUAAUCUUGGCCUUAGCUGCUCUAUUUCUCUGGUUGACUUUCUUUGUGGAAUAUUAUCGCAUGAAACCCACUACAGAGUUUCUGCCCUCAUUGUUAACAACUUGUUUGAUUUCUUUUGGUUCCGCCUGUUCGCAGGGCAGUUUUUGAUACCCCUUCCUGGGAGGACGUUUGGGUUUUAUUUCUUUGCUAAUUAUAUCAUUCCUGGUUAAUAACUAUUAUACCUCGGUGGUGGUUUCCACUCUAUUGGGUUCACCCGUUAAAUCCAAAAUAAAAACUAUGGGCGAUUUGGCAGAUUCGAAUUUGGAAGUGGGUUUAGAACCCUUGCCCUAUACCUACACCUAUUUGAAUUUUUCUGGAUUACCGGAAGUACGCCGCUUUGUUAAGCGUAAAAUUGAAAAUAAAAAGAAUUUUUGGUUUUCGGCCCAGGAGGGCAUAAAUAAAAUGCGUGAAAAACCGGGUUUUGUAUUCAUUUUUGAAACCUCUACUGGGUUCAAUAUAAUCGAAAAUCAAUUUGAUCAACAUGAGAUUUGCGACUUGAAUGAAAUACUUUUUCGCAGCGAUACCUUAUUGCUAACACAUUUACAUAAGAAUUCCAGUUACAAGGAAAUUGUACGACUCAAAACUAUGCGCAUUUUGGAAACAGGUGUUCACUCCAAACAUCGCCGUCUAUGGGUUCGUACUCAUUUGAAUUGUAUGUCGAACAAUUUUGUCAUAAAUGUAGGCAUGGAAUAUACGGGCCCUUUAUUUCUUCUCUUGAUCUUUGGUUAUUUAAUGGUUUUGGUUGUCUUUAUGGUGGAAAUUAUUUGGCAUCAUUAUGCGGAGAGAAGGAAGAGAAUGUUAUCUAUAGAACAGCUGGGUAAAGAGGACAAUUAA